AUGAGCAGCCAUCGUUGGAAGUUGCCACAUGCGGCUGCGGCAAGCAACGAAGAUAGUAAUGGGACAUCUUCCAUUUCUGAUAUUUUUGCAGAUAUGCUAUUAGUUAAUGAGGACCUGAUCACAGCGGUAGCCGAAAGCCAGGGGGAAGGCGACAUCGAUGGACUCAUUGCCUACCAGUGCGUUCUACACCGAGAUUUGAUGGAAAUGGCCAAGUUUGUCGACUCUAUGUUCGGCGUAUAUAGUACCAAUAUCAUCAGCAGCGACAUAUUUUACCUUCCCAGCACGAAGAGUUCUAAUGAAUUGCCUCCAAUGGUAGUCGAUCUGACUACUGAAGGUGCAAGUGAAGUAGACCCUAUGCUUUCUAACGCAAAAUCAGAGCUAACAAUGAAAAAAACUGCAAGAGAGAAGGUGCAACAUGGUGCGCUGCUAACAGCUAUUGAGGCAGAGGAGAAAAUUCGCCAGACUCAGCGAUCGAAAGAGCAGUGGAUUGAAUCACGUCAUCGGGUGCUUGAAGAAGAAAGUGCCAGUGUAAUUUUGAGUCAAAACCUUAAUGACAAGCUGGAAGUCACUACUGCGAAGGCUGGAGAGACGCAAACACAGCAAGGACUGGCCGGAAUAGCGUUGGCAAAUCAGCUGCGCGCGCAUCAAUACGUCGCUGAAAUUUUAGAAAACAACGCAGCGGAUUCUGUCCCUCCCAUGCCGCAUUCAAACCUAAUGUUUGCAAGCCUUCUCGCCACUUUGCCAUCGGCAUUUCCUGCUCCAUCGGCGCAUUUUUAUAAUCAGCAGUAUAUUAAGCCGGCUACAGAUCGAAACAGCAUUCCCAAGAUCGCAUUACCUCCAGCACGCUUCAUGCCUAACAUGCUUUUGGCUUUUCCUGGGGCAGCACCACUAAUGUAUUACCCUCAAGUUGUUGGAGGAGCACUGACAACGCCUCAUCGGCACCCACAGCUACAAACGACUUUACCAGUUCGGCAUAUUGCUUCUGUUCGUCCCCCUGCUAAAAAUCCCAACUUGAAGCGAAUGUGCGAAUCAUGCCGCAAGCGACACCUAAGUGUAAGACAGUGUCGUCUUGUGUUUGAGCACACAGAUCCGGAAUGGCAGACGGGCAAACUGUCAUCAGCUGUCAGACAACGAAAACGGAAGCAAUCUUCACCGAGUUCCAGUUAA